CUAAUCCAAACAAAAAACUUGAAAAACUUCAAACCAAUUUUCCAAAAUGAUGAUGAAUGCCUUUAUAGAGCCAACGCAGCAUCAUUUGGCCAGCUAUGGGCUACGCAUGUCGCCCAAUCAUCAGCAGCAACAUGAAUUGAAUGGCAAUGACCAGCAGCAACAGCAACAGCAGCAGCAACAACAACAGCAACAACAGCAGCAGCAGCAACAGCAACAACAGCAGCAGCAACAACAACAGCAACAGCAGCAACAAACCCAAAGCCAACUGGAGGUCACCGGGAUCUCCGAUUCCACAGUCCUGUCCUCAUCUGCCGCUUAUCAGAACUCCACCUAUGGUCACUUCAAUUCCUACGCCUCACGGGAUUUCCUUCUGGGUCGACGGGAUACGGACUAUACUGCUGCUGCUGCCGCCGUAACUGGCGGAACUCAGCCGACAAAUGCUGCCGCCGCUGCUGCGGCUGCCGAUUCUAUGCUCUUCUCCAGCUUUCCCACACAGGCAGCCGAAUUGAGUUCGACUUUUGGCCAACAUCCGUUUCAUAGUCAUCAUCAUGCGGCGGCUGCAGCGCAUCAUCAUCAGCAUCAGAUGCGCAUGGGUAUGGCCCACGAUUAUGCCACACAUCCGUAUCAACAUCAUACCAACUUCCCGUCGGUACAUGCGGCUGCUGCCCACCAUCACGUGGCCGCCGCUGCAGCGGCACAUCAUCCGCAUCAUGCCAUGUCAGCGGCAGCCGCAAUGCAUCCAGCUGGUGCUGGUGCCUUUCUGCGAUAUAUGCGUCAUCAGCCGGCCUCCGCCUCGUCGGGCAUUAAACAGGAAAUGCAGUGUCUGUGGAUCGAUCCCGAUCAGCCGGGCUUGAUACAGACGGCCAGUCGCAAGACUUGCAAUAAAAUCUUUCACUCCAUGCAUGAGAUUGUCACCCAUUUGACGGUGGAGCAUGUCGGUGGACCCGAAUGCACCACUCAUGCUUGCUUCUGGAUUGGUUGCUCGCGCAAUGGUCGUCCGUUCAAGGCCAAAUACAAAUUGGUCAAUCACAUACGCGUCCAUACCGGAGAGAAACCGUUUGCCUGUCCACAUCCCGGUUGCGGCAAGGUGUUUGCACGCAGCGAGAAUCUUAAAAUACACAAGCGAACGCAUACGGGCGAGAAACCCUUUAAGUGCGAGCAUGAAGGCUGCGAUCGUCGAUUUGCCAAUUCAUCGGAUCGCAAGAAGCAUUCGCAUGUACACACAUCGGAUAAGCCCUACAACUGUCGCAUCAAUGGCUGUGAUAAGUCCUAUACACAUCCCUCAUCGCUGCGCAAGCAUAUGAAGGUGCAUGGCAACAUUGAUGAGAAAUCACCAUCCCAUGGCUAUGAUAGUGAGGGAGAGGAAAGCUCCAGUUCGAGUAUCAUUACCGGCGGUGCCCAGACGCCGCCUUCGUCGAAUCGCCUGGAUGGCAGUGCCGGCAGCAGCAGUGGCGUCAGCAGCCUCAGUGGUGGCAGUGGCAUUAAAUCGUCGCCGCACUCCAUUAAAUCAGAACCAAAUCCCAUGCAUAGUGUACACUUGGGGGCCUCGAGUAGUGGUAGCAGCAGUACGGCCAGUAGUAGUGCUUCGCACUUGCUGCAACAACAGCAACAGCAGCAGCAGCAACAGCAGCAGCAACAACAACAGCAGCAGCAACAGCUUCAACAACAACAACAGCAUCAGCAACAACAUCAGCAUUUACCUUCCCAUCAAAGCGAAUCGAAAUCAUCACCUGCCUUGCAGCUAAUGGCCGCCUCGUCGGCCUAUUUGCCACCGCCCUUGGGACCACCGCCCUCGCAUCAUCAUCAUCAUCACCAUCAUCAUCAGGCGGCAGCAGCAGCAGCAGCUGCCACUUCACCGGGAGCAGCAGCAGCAGCCUCUGCCUCGAUGCUGCAUCACAAUCAUCAUUUGCUCUAUCAUCCGGCGGCCCAGCAUCAUCCACCCAGCGAUUGGUAUCACACGGCGGCGCCAACCACCUCUGCCGCCGAAGCAGCCAUGAAUCCAUUGAAUCACUUUGGUCACCAUCAUCAUCAUCAUCAUUUGAUGCAUCCUGGUGCGGCGACGGCAUAUUGAGAGUGGGAGAACUGGUGGCCCGAAGCCGAGCCGCCACUUCCCCCACCACCACCGCCUCCUCCUCCCCCACCACCACUAUCAGCACUGCCAUCUCAAACGCAGCCGCUUGUCCCAGCAGCACCUCCGCCUCAUCAGCCGCCGCCGCCGCCUGCUCUCGAGGAUUCCGCCUCAUUGGAUUGGUUCUGCUGUCAGCGUCUGCAGAAUUUGGCGCUAGUGGCGCAAUGUGAAAACCAAAUAUUUCUCAAAGUUGAAGAAAAUACUUUAAACUUUUUACCUGAUAAUUGAAAAAUUGCUGUUAAUGUAAAAAACGAAAA